UGCUUGACUCAUUUUUUUCUUCUAAGAAAAAUUUAGCAGCGGAAAAGAAAAAAGAAAAAAAGAGAACAUAAGAAAAGAAGAAAGAAAAGGAGAAGAUGAAAACAAAGUAAGAAGCUGUUGUUAAUGAUGAUGAUGACACACAAAAUCUUGCAAGGAGGUGAUGACAGCUUUACAAGUAUUGGUAGUUGCAUGCAUGGCCACGGACUAACCAGGCAAAUGAUGAUGAAUUUGGGAACUACUAGUAUAAGUAACACUAGAUGGGAUAUGCCUUCCACUCCCAGAUAGGACAAGACUUCCAUGGUCACCUGACACCUUCUCAUCCCCACUCUCGUCUAAUUUACUCGCACACCACCAAACUCCUUUAACAAACACACACAUUUUCACAUACAUCGUCUUCUUGGGCACUGAUGAUAUCUCUUUGAUCAUGAUUCAUGACUGUAGUAAGAAGAUCGAAGGGAGGGAAAUUAAUUGAUGUUGCCUUUAUUCCUGUUUUUGCUUUACUCUCCCCCUUCCAGGAGCGAGGUUUCCAAAAGACCCCUCUCCCCCUAGCUACAUGCCCAUCUUUCUUUUCGGUUACAGCAAUCUGAUAUUUCAUUUUGGUCGUCCUUUUCUUCUUCUUUGAAAAUUAACUAGUAUAAAUAUCUUUUCCUCAUUCAAUUCAAGCAAACAAGUUUUGAUCAAUAAAUAGCUGAUAUGGCUGUAGAAACUUCAGCUCCUCUACUGGUGGACUAUAUUAAUGGCCUCCCAAAGUCGAACGAAAGCUUUCCAGAUCACGAACAUCACGGUUCCCGGCCAACCCUUCCAGAGGUUGCUGAGGAGAUUAAAAAGCUAUACACCAUAGCCUUUCCCAUGAUCAUCACCGGCCUGCUUGUUUAUGGUAAAUCCAUGAUAUCAGUGCUAUUCAUGGGAAGAAUGGGGAAAGAUGCACUGGCUGGGGGGUCUCUUUCAAGUGGCAUAGCCAACAUCACUGGCUACUCCAUCAUCUCAGGUUUAGCCAUGGGCAUGGAAGGCAUCUCUUCUCAAGCCUGUGGGGCUAAGCAGUGGUCAGUCAUGGGUCAAACCCUGCAACGCACAAUCGUCAUUCUUUUGUUCGCUUCAAUUCCCAUUUCCCUCUUGUGGCUCAACAUCCAGCCAAUACUAGUCUUUUGUGGCCAAGACUCAAAUAUAUCUUCAGUUGCAGCUAACCAUCUUGCAUUCUGCAUACCAGACCUUGUAUUCCAAUCCAUCAUAUACCCUCUCAAAAUCUUUCUGAGGACACAGAAUGUAACGCUGCCCCUUAUCCUUAGUGCUGUCUUUUCUCUGGCCUUGCAUGCACCAGUAAAUUAUCUCCUCAUUCAUAAGCUCGGCCUAGGCAUUCGAGGCGUUGCUGCGGCAUCAUCCAUAACAGACUUCGCUACCCUUGCAACACUCGUUCUUUACAUAAUCUUUUCUGGGGUGUAUAAAAGAUCAUGGCCAGGGUGGUCCCUCCAAUGCUUCAAUCAGUGGAAGCCGAUUCUAAGCCUUGCACUCCCCAGCUGUGUAUCUGUAUGCUUAGAGUGGUGGUGGUACGAGUUGAUGAUUCUAUUAUCUGGUUUGCUCUCAAAUGCGGCCGAAGUCGUGGCAACCAUGGGGAUUCUCUUGCAGGCAACUUCUCUUGUUUACAUUUUUCCUUCAUCUUUGGGCUUAGCGGUGUCUACUCGAGUGGGAAAUGAGUUAGGAGCCAACCAUCCUAGCAAAGCAAGAAUUUCGUGCCUGGUAGCAUUAGCAUGUGCAGUGUUUACAAGCAUAGCUGCAAUGUCAUUCGUCACAAUAUGCAGAAAUGCUUGGGGACGAGCUUUUACACAGGACAAAGCCAUUCUGUCUUUGACCGCCCUGUCCAUGCCGGUGGUGGGCCUCUGUGAGCUCGGAAACUGCCCCCAGACCGCCGGUUGUGGAGUAUUGAAGGGCUGCGCUAGGCCGGUGUUGGGUGCCACGAUUAAUCUGGGCUCCUUCUACGGUGUUGGGCUACCUCUCGCAAUCAUCACUGGAUUUGGAUUGGGAAAGGGCUUAUUAGGCCUAUGGUUGGGUCUACUGGUGGCCCAGGCCGUGUGUUCGGUCCUGAUGGUUUUUGUUCUGAGGGGAACAGAUUGGAUGGAUCAAGCAAAUAGGGCGAGCGAGUUGAUUGGAAUUACAGGUGAUCCUGAUCGUGAAUCUCGGGGUGAAUACGUAAUAUGGAAUGAUCAUGACCGUCAACUAAGUCAGGCAAAAGAGUCUACGGUGUGAAUUUGAAUCAGACCAUGUUCGCAUGGGAAAAAAAAUUCAACCGGCGGAUAGAGAAAGUAAUAAUGUGAUGCAUAUAUAAAUUAUGAUGGGGUUGUGUUGUUAAUAUCCAUAUGCAUCAAUUUGGAAAAUUUUGAUGGGGGUUGUGUUGUUAAUAAAGUGUAUGUUUUGAGUGUUUGUAUAAAAUUUUGUUUUAAUUUCUCUUUU